GAUGAGGUCCACGCGCCCCGCGGGGCUGGCGGUCUUGGGUGCGGGAGUGUCGGGGGCGGGCGUGGGAUCGGGCAAGCGCCCGGCGGGAUGAGGUGUUUAGGAAGGAGCAGAGCGAGGGGGCGGCCGGUGUUGAGUGUGCUCCCCGGUGGCCCUCAGGUUCGGCCCGGAGCCAUGGUGAUCAUGUCGGAGUUGAGCUCGGCCCCCGCCGGCUCCGGCCAGGGUCAGCAGAAGACCCUCCGCGUGGGCUUUUACGACGUCGAGCGGACCCUGGGCAAGGGCAAUUUCGCCGUGGUGAAGCUGGCCCGGCAUCGAGUCACCAAAACCCAGGUGGCAAUAAAAAUAAUUGAUAAAACUCGAUUAGACUCCAGUAAUUUGGAGAAAAUAUAUCGUGAGGUUCAGAUCAUGAAGCUUCUGAAUCACCCUCACAUCAUAAAGCUUUAUCAGGUUAUGGAAACAAAGGAUAUGCUUUACAUUGUCACCGAAUUUGCAAAAAACGGAGAAAUGUUCGAUUAUUUGACCUCCAACGGGCACCUCAGCGAGAACGAAGCACGGAAGAAAUUCUGGCAGAUUCUGUCCGCCGUGGAGCACUGCCACAGCCACCACAUCGUCCACCGGGACCUGAAGACCGAGAACCUGCUUCUGGACGGCAGCAUGGACAUCAAGCUGGCAGAUUUUGGAUUUGGGAAUUUCUACAAGUCAGGAGAGCCCCUGUCCACGUGGUGUGGGAGCCCCCCGUACGCGGCCCCGGAAGUCUUUGAGGGGAAGGAGUACGAAGGCCCGCAGCUGGACAUCUGGAGUCUUGGCGUCGUGCUCUACGUCCUUGUGUGUGGAGCGCUCCCCUUCGAUGGGCCCAGCCUGCCGGCGCUGCGGCAGCGGGUGCUGGAGGGCCGCUUUCGAAUCCCCUUCUUCAUGUCUCAAGACUGUGAGACGCUGAUCCGCCGCAUGCUGGUGGUGGACCCCGCCAAGCGCAUCACCAUCGCCCAGAUCCGGCAGCACAGGUGGAUGCAGGCGGAGCCCGCCGUGCCGCGGCCGCCCUGCACGGCCUGCCCCGCGCCCGGCUGCGGCUCCAGCCUGGGCCCCUAUGACGAGCGGGCGCUGGGCAUCAUGAACGCCCUGGGCAUCGACCGGCAGAGGACCGUGGAGUCGCUGCAGAACAGCAGCUACAACCACUUUGCUGCCAUCUAUUAUCUCCUCCUCGAGCGGCUGAAGGAGCACCGGCACGCUCAGCCGUCGGCGCGGCCCGGCCUGGCCCUGCAGCGGCGGCCCAGGAGCUCGGACCUCAGCGGCUUGGAGGUGCCUCAGGAAGGCCUAUCCGGUGACUCUUUCCAGUCCUCCCUGCUGUGCCCACAGCCCCAGGCCUUCGGGCAGGCCGUCCUGCAGGUGGACACUGACUGUGACCCCCUCAGCUCACUCCAGCCCCUGUUCUUCCCUCUGGACGCCACCUGCAGCGGAAUGUUCCGGAACCGCUCCAUCUCCCCAAGCGGCCUGCUGGACGCGACCAUCAGUGAGGAGGUCAGGCCGGGCCACGGCCUGGAGGAGGAGCGGGAGGCACAGAAGCCCCCGUCUGGCGGCACAGGCCGGAGGCACACGCUGGCCGAGGUCUCCAGCUUCUCCCCGAGUGUCCCUCCAUGCAUCAUCAUCUCUUCCUCCGCCGCGAGUCCUGCGGACGGCACCAGUUCCGACAGCUGUCUGACCUCGGCCGGUGACAGCCCAGUGGAGCUCAGUGGCCACCUGGCCACCCAGGGGCUACUGGGCACCUGCUCCCCUCUCAGACUGGCCUCACCGCUUCUGGGAGCCCAGUCCGCCACCCCAGUGCUGCAGGCGCGGGGGGCCCCAGGAGGGGCCGCUCUGCUCCCCAUCAGCUUCCAGGAAGGCCGGAGGGCGUCGGACACCUCACUCACCCAAGGGCUGAAAGCCUUCCGGCAGCAGCUGAGGAAGAGCACGCGGGCCAAAGGGCUCCUGGGCCUGAACAAGAUCAAGGGGCUGGCUCGCCAGGUGUGCCAGCCCUCCUCCAGCCGAGCCUCGCGGGGCGGCCUGAGCGCCUUCCAGCUGCCCGCACAGAGCCCAGGCCCACACGGCGGUGGGGCCGGCAGUCGGGAGGGCCGCAGCCUGCUGGAGGAGGUCCUGCACCAGCAGAGGUUGCUCCAGCUGCAGCACCACCCGGCCGGCUGCCAGCAGGCCCCCCCGCCGCUCGCCGCCCCGCUGGCCCUCGCCCCCUGUGCUGGCGCCCUCCUCGUGUCGGGACUCCAGAAGGAGCUGGGGCUGGCGCGCGGCCCGCUGCUGCCUCCCCACUUCCUGCAGGCCGGAGGCUCCCCGGUGGCAGCGGCGGCUCAGCUGCUGGACGCGCACCUGCACAUCGGCAGUGGCGCCGCCCCGCUGCCCGCCACCGCGCUGCCCACGAGCUUUGUGGCUGCGGGGCUGCCGCAGGCCGACUGCGAGAUGGAGGAGCUGACGUCGGGCCAGCGGGGCACGAUCGUGCUGGUGCAGUGAGGCCCCCGCCCCCGCGCAGGCGGUCGGCCCUUCGAAGCAAUAAUUUCAGAGUAUGUGAAGACGGUUCCGGACUCGAAGCCAAUACGUUUCUAGGAGCGAAACAAGCAAUACGUCUGGUGUUUUGGCUUUUUCCUUUGUUCUUGGUUUUCACUUUUUCCCUUGCACUGAGCAAAUGCAGCUCUGAGUAGGGCCUGGAAACUUCCUGAAGAAAAAUAAUAAUUGAGGGGCGUGUCAGGGUGGGUGGAAGGGAAGGGGAAGGAGGGCGGCGGGUGAGAGGCGACAGGGCUUGCCUGGACUGGCCAGCGCCAGUGCGGUCGGGGCGGCGGGGGGGGGGCCGCGGGGGCCAUGCGGGUGCAUCCGCGCGUGUGCGUGUGUGUUUAGUAGCCUUUUUUGUUGUUUUAGUUAACCGUUCUCCACUCCCCGAAACAUUCAUGCUUCAGAACGAGGACUGUGAACUUUCUACUUCAUGUAUCAGUUUUUAUUUUUUUAAAAGCUCUGUUGGGCCGCCCCCCCCCCCCACAGGAGAAAGCAAUCUGCAGAUUCCUAGAAUCCUCUGCCCUGAAAUCAGAACCCCAAGGAUGGUUUUCUUAUUUUAGAUGCGAACUUUUAUCAACUGCUGGAGAGUCAGUUUCCAGGAUUCUUCAGAGGAACCCCAGGAAGAGACUAGACGGGGCGGGUGACUGAGGUCGGGGCUCGGCCUGGGCCGUGUGACCUGGUCCCCCGCGUGGCUUGGAGGCUGGGCCCGGAGAGGUUUCUUCCUGCCGCCCAUCUUAUUUCCGCUGCUAAUUUAAGUUUUUAUGCAUUUCAUUAUCAGGGUCCAAAACGAACAACUGACCAGGGCAGGGGGCGUGCAAUACUGGCCGGUGGGCGAGAGCAGGCGGACAGCGGGGUCGUGGGUGCGCGGCCCCCCCUGCCGGCGGCCGGGCUGUGGCCCGUGGCAGCCCUGCCCCAUCCAGGCCUCAGGCGUGAGGCUUUCACUCAAGAAAAUGGAAAGGAGAGGUCAGAUCAGUGUUGUUCAAGCUUUGUUCCUUUUUUAAAGCAAAUAUUGUCCAUGUAUAUAAAUAGACAAAUAGACACUACUUAUUUUUUAUAUUUUUUACUACACGGCUGCGUUCCUGGUGUGACUUUUGCUCUCUGGUAACGUUACCAAGCGGCAGCAGCAGGUCGGCGCGGAGGAGAGAGGCAGGUGCGUCCUCGCCCGGCAGGUGGCUCGGGUCGGACGCGCCCGAGCGGGAGAGCGGCGGGCAGCUGCCUCUCCCCCCUGCACCCGUCAGCACCCGGCCCUUUACUGACCCAGGUGCCUUCAGCUCACUUUGGCUCUUACGACCUACAGUAUUAACAGGGGAGAGGUGGGCGUCUGCAGAAGCCAAAGACUGCCGGGCUGCGAGGGGGCAGGGGGCCGGCCGCGUGCCCGCGUGCCCGUGCCUGCGUCUGCCAAGCUUGCUGCUACCGGCCCCCGGCCCUGCCACGGCCGCUGCUGCUACCUCCCCGUGGCUGUCGCCAGAGCGCCGGGGGAGGGCCGUCCCCGUUCCUGGCCACAGAGAAGUCACCAAAGCCUCCUGCGGACUCGUCACGGGGGCCUGGGGGCGCCCGGGCCUCCAGGUUCACAGAGGGGAGACCGGCCCCUCCUAGACAGCUUGCCGCCGCGAUGCCACAGAUCAAAGGCCUCGGAGCCGUGACAAGCACUUUACUUACCCGGAGGUUUUCCUUCUCGCUGUGAGUCGUGUCUCUGCGUCUAUGUGUAGGUGUGUGCGACGUGUGUCCUGUAUCUCCCCCGCAGCGCCGGCGUGCGCUGGGCGUGACCGCCCGUGCGGAGGCGCCACGCAACCUGACGACCCUGUACAGAGUUUGGUUUCUCUUUUUUUACCGUAACGGAAUUAAUUAUUUUAUUUCUUGUGUUACCAUGAGAAGUGUAUGCCAAAUGAUCAGCGGGUGUAUGUUUUUUUAAUUUAAUAUUUAAAUAAAAUAUUUGGGGAAGAA